GGUCAGUGUCGCUCGCAGCUCCGCGGUGGUCUGUGUACACUCACUACCAUGCGUAGGAACUGCAAACUCUUCAUAAUCGUUUCGUGUGUGUGGACGCUGGGUGUUGUCGUUUAUCUUAACACGAGUAAGGAUGUGAAGAACUCGACCCGCAGCAAGACAACUACUCAUUAUCUUACGGGCUCUGAGAAUCUGGCGCUGCGAUUAAAAGACUCUGCAGUGACCCAACAACAACAACAACAGCAACAACAACAACAACAACAACAACAAGCAUCGUCAAGCAAAAUAGCGUCAUCGAGUGUAGGCUUAGCAGGUGGAGGAGCAUCUGGUGGAGGGGGUGCUGGGGGCGGUGCUGGGGGAGGGGGAAUAGUGGUACCUUCGUUGUUCCUAGACGAGGAUGCCUACAUAGCAGCUGCCACCUUGACCCCUGGAGCUGAUGCCUAUGAUAGGAAUAAGUUCAACCAGGCAGAGAGUGAUAAGCUGCCGUCUAAUAGAGCCAUACCUGACACGAGGCAUUUUACAUGCCGGAAGAAGGACUGGCGGACGGACCUCCCCCAAACAUCAGUCAUCAUCACCUUCCACAAUGAGGCUCGGUCCACCCUUCUGCGUACCGUCGUCAGUGUGUUGAACCGGAGUCCUGAACACCUGGUGAAGGAGAUUAUUCUGGUGGACGACUUUAGCGACAACCCCCAAGACGGUGCCGAGUUAGCCAAGAUACAGAAAGUGCGGAUUAUCAGGAAUGACCAGAGAGAAGGUUUGAUGCGUUCUCGUGUGAGGGGGUCAGAUGCUGCCACAGCCCCUAUCCUCACUUUCCUUGACUCGCACUGUGAAUGUAACCAACACUGGCUAGAGCCCAUGCUGGAGAGGGUGUCUGGGGACCGAACGAGGGUGGUGUGCCCUAUAAUAGAUGUGAUCAGUAUGGACACCUUCCAGUAUAUCGGAGCUUCAGCUGAUUUAAGAGGAGGCUUUGAUUGGAACCUGGUGUUUAAGUGGGAGUAUCUGUCCUCUGAGGAAAAGAAGAAACGGCAGAAAGACCCAACGCAGGUUAUAAAAACUCCCAUGAUAGCUGGUGGACUCUUUAUGAUAGACAAGUCAUACUUUGAACAGCUCGGCAAAUAUGACAUGUUCAUGGAUAUUUGGGGAGGAGAAAAUUUAGAAAUUUCUUUCCGGGUGUGGCAGUGUGGGGGAAGCUUAGAAAUUGUCCCUUGCUCACGAGUGGGACAUGUGUUCCGUAAGCAGCAUCCAUAUACUUUCCCAGGAGGGUCUGGUAAUGUGUUUGCUCGAAAACACACGCGAAGGGCAGCAGAAGUUUGGAUGGACGAUUACAAGAAAUAUUAUUAUUCUGCUGUGCCAUUAGCCAAGAGUGUCAAUUAUGGAAAUAUUCAGAGUCGACUAGAGCUACGAAAACAGUUGAAAUGUAAAAAUUUCAAGUGGUACUUAGAGAAUGUAUACCCAGAGUUAGAGGUUCCAGAUGGUGGACACGGCACUUUUGGGGUGUUCAAGCAAAAUCUUAAGUGUAUGGAUACAUUGGGUCACCGUGCAGAGGGGACAGUAGGCCUUUAUUCUUGCCAUGGCACUGGAGGGAAUCAGGAGUGGUCACUUACUCGAGAUAAAUUGAUUAGGCAUGGUGAACUGUGUCUGUCGCUGCCAGAGCUCAGGCCUGGUGCAGGUCUCAUUCUUGCUCCUUGUCAAAACAGUGACUUGCAGAAAUGGAUGCGCAGAGAUGGUGACCGGCUAAUAAAGGCAGUAGGGGUCAAAUUAUGUAUAGAUAGUGCAAGGGAGAGAGCAGAUGGCUUAGUAGUAGAACUUUGUGAUGCGACUAAACUUACUCAACAAUGGUCUUUCGUUGUAAAUAAAAGUUAAUGUUAGAGCUUGUAUUUUUUAAAGAACUACAGUACUGUACAGCAAAAUGACAUGAAGAUGAACUCCAGAUCUGUUUAUGAGAGUGAGUUCACAUUUCCUCUGUACUGUAUGUACACUCGCUGUCCAUCAAGUGAAUCCACGCACGUUUUUGACUGUCACUAUUAAGAUUUUUAUUCAUUGUACAUUGUUGAAAUGAUGAACUUCAAUGUAAUUGAAAAUUCAAAAUACCUGGUAUUUGUGGCAAGACAAGUUGGUGCCUGAUGUCUGCUAAAUGCAGUUCUAGUAUGUGAGUACUUACAUGACCUGAUAAAAGAAAAUUACCAUAAUGUGAGAAGCAUAGUACUGUACUGGGUCCUGUGCACUAUUAUGGGCAUCUUAUUAAUUAAUGCCCUCAGCCACUGUGGCAAUACAAGUGAUGGUAAAUUCUGUGUUUUAGGUACUGAACCAUAUUGAAAAUUUUGUAACUUCUAGACCUUCCUCUUUUUAGAUUAACUGACCUGUGUUUUUAUAUUUUAUUAAAUGAAAAUUACAGGGAGAGUUCAGACUAACAAUUGUUAGAUCUAUUACCGAGGAAUGUGUAGUUUCUUGCCAUUCAUUCUAUCCUUGUUAUAUUGUCAUGGUUAGUUAAAGUACAAUGUUUUAUCCAUUCAGUUGAGACCAAGAAUCUUCUUAUUCGAUAUGUACAGUUGCAGACAAAAUUCUCUGAACACUUGGCAAUAUUUGGUAUCUUCUUUUUGGUCAUAUACAGUACAGUACGAUAUCGAAAAAAAAAUUAUUAAUAUGCAAAGAAAAGUCUAAUAAAGUCCUAUGUUAAAAUUCCAAUUUCCGUCACCUAAUGAACCUCAAGUACAUUAUUUGUAUGCCAGAUUCUGCCACGUGUCCAGGGAAUUUUGUCUGCAGCUGUACAUCCUGUUUGUUAUGUGAUUAUCUUGCUGUAAAUUUUAUUCCUAUCUUGUGAUUAAUACAUUUAUAAAAACCAGCUGUUCCCAAGUGUAUGAGAAUAUGUCUAGUGCAUUAGCUUGAUUGGCAAACCUGUGUAUGCAAUGUCAGUGUUUCAAUAGUAAAAAGUGAGAUACUGUAGGAACUGAAGCUUGUUAUCACAUUAAAUAAUUUAAAUGUUUUUUGUUUUGUUUUUACUAAUUCAUGCAAUAACAAGUUAGGCCUCUCACAUUUUUUUUUUUAAUCUAAGGAGUUCAGUGGGACCUUUCACACAGAUGUCCAUUGAACUCUAUUGAUUUUUAAGUCACGUGACAAAAUCUCGUGUGAAAGAGGCCUGAAGAUCAAGCUGAUGAUGCAUUACAGUAUUGUUAAGACCAUAGUAUUGAAGUGAAGAGGUGCUUUCUGAAAUUUUAAUGUUUUCAGUUUAAGAUAUAGUAACUUGAAAUUGUUAUAGGUGUAAUUACUUAUUUAAAAACUUGUUUCAUUUUCAUAUUAUGCAACAUAUAAAUUGUGUGUAAUAAAGUUCUCAUUUGUUUUGGCAUUAGGGGAAAACCUUGAAAUUAUUUUAUUUUGUUGGUAAACAGAAGUAAGAAUAUUAAGUACCGGGUAUGUCUCAUUCAUAAUCCUUGAAUAUUCAUUUAUUUGGGAGUCAUAUUUGGAGAACAACUUUGUUUCAGUAGAUUCUAAGUGUUUUUUAUUUUUCAAACAGUUUGCAUCUUGGUACACCAUCUUUUAAAAUUACUGUACUGUACUUCUCAUAUCUUCACCAACAGUAGACAUCGAGUGAGCUUUUGGAAACUGAUGCAAAGAAAUACAGUACUGUAUUGUAUACUAUACAGGUAUAAUAAUUUAGGAUGGCAUAUGGAUCAUUCAGUGAUAAGAUAAAACAGUGUAAAGAGAAUUGCUUGCCUGUAUGUCUGUUUCAUAGUUUGUAAGAGAGGGUUGUUUAAGUAAGAUUAUGUUUUUGCCAGGUAGUGAGCUAAUGAGUUUGUCUUGAUACUGUUAUCCCAAAAAUUUAAACCCGGUGAAGAAUUGACGGAUCUCUCGAUUUUAGUUUAUUUAAUUCUUUUCGAUAUUUUUUUUAUAGUUUCUAGUCAAGACUGUCAUGAAUUGUUUCCUACCCAGUAAAAUUUUUGUGGUUUUAUAUUAUUGUAUACUGUACAAUAUAUUCUUAUUGAUUAGUUUAUAUUUUGGGAUUUGUUAUGAAUACUGUGAUGUUUAUUGUUUGUAGAAAUAUUUAUUUUGAAGUAAUUAAAAUAUUGAAGGCAUUGACUGUGUGAAGAAAGGUCUUGUCAUACUUUAGUCACAUUUUAUAUUGAUAUUUUCAUCCAUGACAAGUGAAACUUUAAUGAGUAAUUAUUCUGAACUUUACCUAGAAGAUGAGUUAUUAUUUUUUUAAGUACUGUAUAAGAAUAUUGUUUCGUUUUACCGAGUACACGAAUAAAAAAGACUGAGUGGUCAGAUUUAUAGCUUGAUAUGAAACUUCAUCUCUACAGUCAGGAUUGUUGUCUGAAGAAUGCGUGUGUGUGUGUGUGUGUGUGUGUGUGUGUGUGUGUGUGUGUGUGUGUGUGUGUGUUGUAUAUGCAUGUUGUGGGUACUUUGUACAGUGCAGUAUUUACCUACAAUAAGUGUUGGCAGUAAGAAUGGCCAUAAAUACUUUUUCUUAUUAUUGAAACGAUAUUAAAAACAAUUGCAAGGAAAUAUCCGUACCUGUUCAAAGGAGAGCUUUUGGUUAACUAUAAUCCUCACUGGUUAAUACUACUGUACUGUAAACCAUUUCCUUUAUUGGUUUAUUCAUAGAAGUAUACUGUACAGGUAUUAUGUUGCGUAGUGGUUGUAGGUGUUUAUACAUUAAAAACCAUUCCAGAGUCAAAUACAGUACUGUACUGUACUUGUUUUGAAAUAAUAUUACAUGUACAAGAUCACAUCCAGUACUUUAGUUACAAUAUGAAUUAUAAUUUGUUCAUACAGCAAUGUCAUGUGUCCCUAGAUAACAGUUAUUGUACAUAGUGCUUUUGUUUGUUUAAGAAAGGUUAAAUGCAAAUAGGAAUCGAAGGUGGAUACAGGAAUUUUCAAGGAAGGGAAUUGAUAAGCUUCAGUCACUAGAUCUCAUGAUAAAAACUAUAGGAGUUCAGUUCACAAGUAGUGGUUGAUAACACUGUCAGAUAAAGAUGGUCAGGUUUAUUUAUGACAGGACAGUGCACCUCUGUUCCAGGAAUGGUGGGAGGGGAGUGCUGGAUGUUAGAUUUAUUUUGAAGGGAACGACAUUGUUAUGAGUUUAGAUAAUACUGUAAUCUGGUUUAUUGUUAACCUAAAUGUUCUCUAAAGCUAUGUGGGCUAUUCCUGUACAUUUGAUAUUUCAAAACUCUAUGAGAGUGUUUUAUUAUACUGUAGUUUAAUUACCACACUACCUGUGGAACAGAAUAUUAGUCAUGUGUAUAUUCUUAGCUUUUAUACUCGGAGUUUACUUGUAGGAGAGCAGUAAUACAUUCAGUUGGCAAAAUAUAUAGUACAAUAUUAGAAAAGUACCACGUUUAGGAUAACAAACUAUUUAUUUUCUUUUGAAACUGAUGAAACAAAGUAACCAUGUCUAAAUAAAACUCCCCUUGGGUAAUUGAUGAGGUUUGGUAGCUUGGUGUUGUCCUAAAAAUGGUUGGUUUAGUGGUACAGUUUUCCAACAUUGUACAUCAUGCCUCCAGUUGUUGAACAGGUAUUUCAACAUGCACAAUUCUCCAGCAGUUUUGAGUAUUGUUAAGUCUGCUUCCAUAGAUUGUAUAGAAUUCCGAGUCCCAUACAUACUGUUUGGAGAAAACUCUGUAUAUUAUGCUGCAUAAACUGCAAAAAAAAAAAGGCUUAUUUAAUGUAGAUAGAUUUAUAGCUUUACAAUAUCAUGACUAGAUGUCUACAGCAAGCUCUGCCUUUGUAUAGAAAAACAGCAGAUGUUGUUUGUUUCCUCAUCUUAUAGAUGAUGUAAGAUACGACUGUAAUUUUUAUAAUUUGUUUUCUUUUAUUCAUCAUUUUAUACAAAGAAUUGAUGCUCAAAUAUUUUAUGGAAACUGUAAUAUAUUUGUGUAGGUCUUUUUCACCAACCUGGGAAAGGGAUUCAUAUUAAGUUUAAAAAAUGAAAUACUCCUGUACACAUCAACAGUAUUGCAGGAGUUUGCUUUAGAGGAAAAAUUGAAUGUUAACCUGUGUUAUUACUGGUGUGAUGACAAUAAUGCUGUGCUUGUUAAAAAAUUCAUUGUAGUAUUAAUGCACAUACACUGUAUAGAAUUGAAAGCAUCAUGUAGUAUUACCAUUUAAAGUUAGAAUGUGAAUUGAGUUCAUAAUAAGACAUUUAAGUCCAGUGUUUCAUUUUUUUUUAUAUAUUUUUUAACAUGACUGCACAAUAUAUUAAACAAGCACAAUUCAUAGCCAUUAAGAAGCUUUUCUCAUUCCAUUGGAUAUUAUAAAAGUAUAAAGAUAUAUAUAUAGUCAUCUUUGUGAUGAUGUGAUCUUUUGGGCUGCUUAGUCAGCCCUACGUCUGCCUUUCUUGACUGACAAACUGAGGGAUCAUUUUCUGAGUGAAGUUUCACCCUAGGUACACAGCCAAUAAUCGAUACAUUGGUCAGUCUUGUUUAUAUCAAUGUUAGAAUAGGUCGUAUUACCACACAUGUGAUACGGUACUUCAGUCUUUUACAAGGUUCUAACUGACGUUAUAAUAGAAACCAUUCCUCAUAACCCAGGCAAGAUAGCUUUAAUAGGAAAAAAAAAGAUUUAGGCAGCCCACCAUUCCAAUUUGUAGUUACUAAAUAUGAGAUGGUCAGUGACUGAAAUUGGAAUAAUCUACAUGUGCCUCUUCUUAGAGAGAGGUUCAGAGUGGCAGUGAGACAUCAGGAACAGAUACAAUGAAACCUCUAUUUAACAGACUAUAUGGAGAGGGGAGUUUGUUAUAUCGAGGGUCUGUUUGUGAAACCUCCAUCUAACAAACUACAGUACUGUAUAGAGAUGGAAGUCUGUUAUAUCGAGGGUCCACUAGAUGUAACAUCCCAUCUAACAGAUUAUGUAUGAAAAGAAAACUCCAUUAUAUGGAGGUUUCACUGUAGUUUAAGCAAGGAUAAAAAGUAGUACGGUAUGGUUCUGGUAACCCAAUUGACCCUGUACUAUGCUCCAGUCCAAAAGUAAAUAAAGAAUCCAACUUGCAGAGUGCCAUCUACAGACAAAUACACAAACUUACAAGGUAGCAAUUAUUUGUGCUAACAUUUCACAAAAAAAAAGAUAUACAGUACUGUAAAUCAUAAUAUAUACUGACCAGUUAACUCUGUUUUUCAUAAUGUUACUGGAACCUUGCUACUGGUAUAUCUUCCCUUUCUUUACCUUUUCUUUGUUAGUGUGAUCAAACAUUCACUUACACCUGUAUAUUUGUUUCUUAAUAGAUGAUGAAGCGGAAUAAAACUUGGUUCAUUGCUAUAAAUAAUAUAGUACAGUAUAUAAAUGCAUGUAUUAUAUUUCUUUUAAAUUUAUAAUUACUGUACUGUACUGUAUUUGGUUAGUACGGAAAAUGUGCCUGAAUUUUUUUUUUCAAUUAACCGGAAUGUCAAUUGAUCAGGUAAUCGUAGCUAGCCUGUGCAAGUGUGUGGAAAAUGGCAAUAAAAUGGUGAUAGUGAUUAGGCACUAUUUAGAAGAUUCACUGAUUUUCAAAUUAAUUUUACUUGAAAAUCUUAAUGUAUGUUUUUUAUUAUUUAUCUUUACUUAUAAUUAUUUGGAUCUACUCAGGAUUGGAGCCAUAAUAAAUACAGUACUGUAUCAAGAAAUUGUUUUGUACAGUAUUUCCAUUUUCACAGAACAAAACUUGUAUUUUAAACUUUAAUAAUUCUACAUUUUAUUAAACCUUGUCCAUAAUACUGUACAGGUGAAGAAUGGAGAUGUUUUGAUGUACUUCAUAAUAUUUUCAAAGCAUAACACCUGUGUGUAUGUCACCUUCACUGUUGUGGGGGUGGCAUUAACCAGAGUGAUAAGAUUCAUUUUUCAUCCAUUCCUGCCAUCCUAGGCAUCAUCCAUGGAGCUUGCCAUUAUUUGAGUAUGAAGAAUGAAUUAUUGGGAAGUAGUUUUAUUAAGUCUAGCACAUAAAUUCUAAAAUAAAAUAUAAAAAGCUGUGCAUUAGGAGAUAAACCUAGUCAUGACAAGUAAACCUUGUUUUAAGAGUUAACCAAAUUUUCUCAAAACCAUUUGCAUUGUACUGUACUAUACAGUAUAUUCAAAUGAAAUAUUUAUAUAUUUUGCCAGGAGCUGUUCUUGUAAAUAUACAUCCUAUUCUCUUGUGUAAUAUUUCCUAUGUAAGAGUGGGUAAUUAUGAAAAAAUGUAUUCCACACCAGUAUAAUUCAUAUACUGAAUGUUUGUACAGCAGUGUAAACAACAGUCCAAAUUUCUUCUUUUACAACUCAGUAUCCCACUAGUCAUCUGUGUAUUUAAUGUGCAUAAACUUCUGUAAGUGUUUUACAGUGUACAGUAAAGAUUAUAACGAAAUUUGUAGUUUUUGAUGUUUGAAAACUAGAAAAAAUUCAUUCCAGGCCAAGCUUUUAGAGACAGAUUUCAAUUAUAAUGCAAUAUGUGCCAGGAGCAGUAACUAAAAAAAUUGGAGGUUACAUCACAAAUGAUUUCCCAGGAAUGAGUCAUUGUGAUUUAUCCAAACUUUGUAUUUGCUGUUCUUGUUUAUGUAACUAAAGGCUUGAAAGUCGGCUUGUAUGAUUUUUGCCAUGUGCUAAAAAUUAAAGUGUCUUCCAAAGUA